GGCAGAGACAUGGGGUAAGGAGGGCGCUCGGUGAGGAGACAUGUGUGGAGUCAAACAUCUCGCCUGGCUCGUGCCCUAACAUCAAGAAGAGAGAGGGAGGUCCGGAUGAUUUUUGACUGACUGAAUCUGGAGCUGGAGGAGCGCUGGAGUUCCCUCCUCCAACCUCUGGCCUUCACAUCUGUUUCUUUCACAGUCGCAGUGAUUAAAUCCAAGCACUUCAUCUUUCUCCACCCCACUGUCCUCUGACCCCCACUCAUCCACUGCCCUCCUUCCUCGAUGCCAGCCCGGCCUCCAUCUUUGCACCCGCCCUCUUUUCAGAUUGCCCUCUAACCUUCGUUCCACUUCUCAACAUCCCUAAUCCACUCUUUUUCUCUUUUUUUCUUCCUCCCGUUCUCAAUGAAUCUGUUUCAAUUGCAACACCAACCUCAUCAUCAAGUCGCCUCAUCCCGACUUGUCAGGCCUCCUCGCUCCUUUGACUGUCACCCUGACUCAGCAGCAGACCCUUCCAGGCACUAGCCGUUCUUUAGAAACCAGAGAGCUGGAACACGCUUUUAUUUGGUCAGAACCGUGUUAAACUUUGGAGAAGCAGCCAUGCUGGAGAACAUGUCCAAACGUAACCGCUCCCUGCUAUCACUCUUCCUCACCUCUCUGGCGCUCGCCCUGUCCGUCUUGGCAUUCUGCACCUCCUACUGGUGCGUGGGGACACACAAGGUGGUGAAGCCUCUCUGCCUGUCACCGGUGAAGAUGAAGAACUGCGGGGAGAACAACAGCCAGCCAUACACUACAGAGGCCCCCACCCCGGACCCAAGGAACCCGCCCUCCAACGUGACGCUCACCCCGCAGCAGAAGGAGGAGCUGGCACGGAUAAAGAAGAAGCAGCUGGCCAACGCCGUUCACUACAUCUGGGAGACAGGCGAGGACAAAUACAUGCUGCGCUACUUCCACACCGGCUUCUGGCUGUCCUGCGAGAAGCACAAUGAAGGUCAUGAUCAGGAAGAAAAGUGUCGCAGCUUCAUUGAGCUGACACCAGGAGAGACACAAGGUGUCCUCUGGCUUUCGGUCAUCAGUGAGUUCAUGUACAUCGGUCUUCUGGCAAUGGGCUUCCUGCUGAUGUGGGUGGAAGCGAUUUGCCUCUGUGCUAAGAGGGAGAUGAACGCCCUCAAGAUCAACGCAUAUGCUGCCAUGUGCACUGUCCUCUCGGGUUUGAUGGGGAUGAUGGCCCACAUGAUGUACACCACUGUUUUUCAGAUGACUGUUAGCAUCGGGCCCAAAGACUGGAGGCCGCAGAGCUGGGACUAUGGAUGGUCUUUUGCAAUGGCGUGGCUGUCGUUCAGCUGCUGCAUGGCCGCCGCUGUCGCGACGCUCAACUCCUACACCAAGACCCUCAUUGAGAUGAAACACCGCGCCCGGAUGAGGCUGGAGGAGGCGCGUUCUGCUGCCCGCGCCCCCUCAUAUGAGGAGGUGGUGCGUGGCAGUACUGCAGGGGUGUACUCCGUCAGUCAGCUGAUACAACUCGGCCAGCAGGGGGUGCUCAUAGACCCUCUUUGGCCCAGAGGAGUGGGACCAGCGGUUGGACCUUUGGCGUGUGGCGCCGGAGCACUGCUUGUUGGUGGGGGAGGACUUGGAGUUGAUGGGAUGGAAGCUGAUUGCGUUGGAAUGGGAAUGGGAGGAAUGAUGAGCAUAGGCGGAAAGGGGUGUGGAGGAAAUGGAGUUGGCAUGGGAGCUGUGGGAGGAGUUGGGGGAAUGGGAUUUGGAGUAGUGGGACCAAUGGGAGGAAUGGGGAUCGGAGUGGGAAGGCUGGUGGAUCACCACGGUUUAGUUGUCGUUGAGGGAUGCGGCGCUGAAGGAUGUGAAGACUGCGAGCGGGAGAUGGACGAGAUGGAUUACGCUCUGCAGGACGAGCGAGAGGGGGAGCUCUGCUAAGAGGACUUGGAGGAACAUCUUACCAUUUAACUGCUGAUUGUAUCAAGCAGUGGUUUACACGUUUGUUUCUUGGCCACUAGGGGGCAGAAAGGCACAAAAGCAAGCUAAACAGGGUUACUAACUCUCCGCUCUGAUGCUCUGUUGGAUUAUCACACUGCCACAGGUAUAAUGUACGCAGACCUGCCUCAUUAUGAAACCAGUGCAGUUGUGUUUUGUGCUAAUGGAUUGCUAUCGAAGCCCAAUAUCUACUCUCCUUCUAUUCACGAUUUGUUCUCCAUCUAGAGAGGGAGGCAAACACUGUUUGGCUUGUCUUGUAUGAGUUGGUCAAUCAAACCAGUGACCUCUGACUCUGAUCAUGAGAACAAUGUGCAUCAGAACCAAAACCAGAAGCUAAAAGAGGCUAAAGGCUGCAUAGAUCCAUAUCAAGAGAAGGGACCCAUUUUGAUUCCUUAUCCAUCGCUCUACUCAUAGUCUGCUGCUGAUCCAGGGCCCGGUCAGGAAGCAGACCAAGCAGACAAGUCAACACAAACCUCAUCCCAGACAGAUUUUCCAGAAUCUUUUUUGGGGGAUUCCAGAUGUGUUUGAUGUCUGUAGCAAGUUUGGAACUACCCCCAUAAGUUCAUGGGAAAUCUCUAAAAGGACGCAUCCUGAUCAGAUGCUCCUUCCACCUGAAGAAGCAGAGGCCCCAAUCCCAGCUCCAUCCAGACGUCAGAGCUCCUUAUCCUGUUCGUAAUACCGAGGUCAGAUUACAUGUUAGACUCAGACGCAGCCAUCGAUCAGUCGUUCCCGGGGUUGUGUCACAUAGUGAACGACAAAUCAUGGCUACAUCAGGGACGCCUCACGACCUCCUGACAGAAAGUCGAGCCUUCUACGCUGUGAUCUGUUACGUCAGUGGCGUUGAACAAUGACAGCACAGAGCACUCUGAACGAGUUUAAACUAACAGUAUGUCGUGGUGCGAGGACCCCGAGGAAAGGUUGGCAACAACAUCUCUUUAAAAUGUGUCGUCAAGCGACUACAUGACACACCCUCGUUUGUUUGUUUACAGCCUUCUUUGGGUCGUCUAGCCCCGCCCCCUCCUCCUUCCAACAUCAUCACCCCACUUGUGAUGAUUAGUCAGGUCCCACUCUGUCACGUCUAUGGGUCAAGUCAUGGCACCAGUUUAUGGUUAAGAUGAUGUACAGUGUUUCCCCUAGGUUUACAGCGUUGGGGGGGUGGGGACAAGCCGACAUGCCGACACAG